GGCGCGGUAAGAUCGAAAGCGCCGCAACGAAGCCGCACAUCCUCAACGGAAACUUCGUGAACGGCCGUUAUAGCAGACGCACGACUACAAUAUAUAUAUGUGUGUGUGCGUGUAAGGCGAAGAAGCUCUUAUUGAACGGAACAGGCUGUUGCUCUUCAAGGGAUCUAGAAGAACGCCAACCUUUCCUCCACCCCCCCCCCCUUCGCUCCGCUUAGCAGUCCUUCACAAAUUGCUGUUCAUCGGACUGCGCGUGUGUCGGAGGUUAAAGAAAUACCGCAGACCACCCUUUGUUUUUCUAGUUACCGGCAAACUUCUCUUCUGCUCUUGACGCACCCAGUAGAAAGAAGAGAGGAGGGGAGGUUGAAAGAGACGCCGCCUCCGCGCAGAGCCCAGCGUCGCUGUGCCCAGACAUGUCUUCCGGCACCGACAGCGCCUCCGCCGCAUUCAUUCGCAGCCACCUUAACGAUGACAUGGAGGAGAUAGCGCAGCAGCCGAACCAAGCGUCCCUUCGUCCUGCCCUAUCGCCUUUUCUCUCCGCAGAUGGCUGCUUCAAGUUCCCCGACACAGGGUCAGGGCCGUCCUCGCUGAGCUUCAUCUUGCAAGUGAUGUCCAUCAAAGACGUCAGCCUGUCACGUGAGCAGCGAUCUCGUGCCCUCGUGCGUGCAGCUGAUCUUCACAACACGAGCAGUGGAGGCGGUAACAGCUCUGGCGGAGAAGCCGCAGUCGAUGAUCCGGCUGCCCUUGUCGACGCCACGUUGCAGGCCAUGGAAGAUCAGAACGACGAGGCGGCUCAGCAGCACGCGCCGCUGCGGCCGAGCGGGGGGCAGUGGCGGUGUCUUCGACUGGAGCUGUCCGACGGCUUUCAGCGUGUUCUUGCGGUGGAGGACGUCUCCGCACGCACGCGGCAGCAGUACGGCGCGGUGUUUGCCCCGGCUGGGUUGGCGCUGGGGUCUAAAGUAGUCCUGCGCCUCUCGGCGUCGUCGAUCGCAGCGGUGCAACACGGUGUGCUGCGACUGCACGCCGGCAACACCGAAGUGCUGGGGGGACGCGUGCGCGCACUGGAACUGUUCUGGGAAGCGCAGGCACGCCAGCAGUUAGCGGCGAGUACCGGGCGACCGUCCCGACAACAGCCGCAACAGCAUUGCUCUCCGCAUUCCUCCUCGCCGCCGCCACCGCACGACAGCCAUCAGCGACACACAACGGCUUCUCUCCGCCCUCCACCAUCGGCGGUAGCGCAGUCCUCCGACCAGGCCUCCGCGCUGCCGCUGGUGCAGCCGCUGCGGCAGUGGGCCGCGCACGUGGCUCAGAACCCGCCGCAGAGCGCCUUCGUGACGGUCGCCUUCAUCACCGAAGUGGUGUCCGACAUGGUGAUCAACGAGCCUUCGCCUACGCAUUCCCCGGCCACCUCGGGCGGCAGCCCAACCGCCUGUACCUAUGCGCUGCUCGCACAGCUGUCAUCGCCCGAUGCUGUCGAGCGUGAAACACAGCAGCAUCAGAUGGACGGUGCAGCGGCAGAGGUGACGGCGGACGACCACCUCACCGUUGACCUCGGUCACGCGUGGCUGCGGCAGCUCGUCGGCAUGCCAGCGGAAGACUUCCGCGCGCUCUCGCUGUCCGCUGCUCCCGCGGACGUGGCGCGGCUGACGCGGACGGUGGAGGCGGUCGGGCAGGCGUUAGAGCAGUUCGGUAAGGGUCGUUUUACACUUGUGCAGCGUGCGGGCGACGGCAUCGUGGAGGUGAUGAAGGCGACGCCGGAGGGGUGA